CACCUCAGCCUACCAAAGUGCGGGGAUUACAGGCGUGAGCUACCAUGCCAGGCCAAAAAAUUCUUUUAAAUUUCCCUUCAAUUUCUCUUUGAGAGGAUAGCUCUUUACAAUUCUCUUUGAGAGGAUAGCUCACUGGUACUAUUUACUUAAACACAGGGUUUGUAACCCAUUGCACAUUAGAGAGAAUCACCAGGGAAGCUUAAAAACCACCAAGCCUUGCUCCCAUCACUGACCGAUGAAAUCACACUCUUGAGGAUGGUAUCUGGCCAAGUGUGGAGCACAGUUUUAGAAAGCUACCCCUAUAUGGAUUAGAUCUGUAGCCAAAGUUGGGGCAUCAUUGCCUUGAUGAAACAGAACAUUCAAUAUGUAAGUUUUGAUGAGAAGAUCAUGAGGGGACAGAGAAGUUCUAAAAGCAUGGUGAGACAGGGUAUCACAUGGAUUUAUAUUUUAACAAUUUCUGUUGAAAUCUAUAUCACAACGGUUUCUAUGUGUAGUGGUUUGCCAUUAAUGAACACAUCUUAGUCUUAGAAAGCAAGACGAGUACCUAGAUAGGACAUCCUCAAGAAGGCAUUUUCCAGCAGGCUACUGGAAAUUUAUCUACAGGUUUUUCAGAUAACCUUUGAAUGAUGGAAAAAUGUUGUGAUUUUGUUUUGUUUUAAGAUGGACCUCAUUAUAUGCAAAUUCCUUUUUUGGAUGAAAAGACUUCAUCAAAUACAUAAAUUUUUUUAAGUGUGGAAUGAUUUCACAUAAAUUCACAACUCUGCUAAAGGUUAUUUUUUUUUUUAAUUUAUAUUUUUUUUCUGUACUGGGUGUUAUGGCUUUGGGUUUGGAAGGUGAGGUGCACAGGUAACCUGCAUCCUGAGCCCUCUUAGGUAGUGAAGAGAGCAGCAUGGGCCAGUACUGUUGACACAAGUAACUUAGUGCUUGGCCAUUUGGCCUGAGCUGCCUCCAUUCUGCAGUGAAGGUAGAGAAGGUGAUUCCAGAAGGGGAAUCUGGUGACACAAGUGGAAGAACACAUGGCAACUCUGGCUGUGAGCAGUGCUCUAAUCCUGACUCUGCUGAGCCAUGGACAUGACAUUAAAUUAGCUAUUUGUAGAGCUUUUAAUAGUUCAGCAUGAGGACUCAAUAAGGUCAUCUGUGUAACAUCCCAGUGAGAAAAAGCGGAACUAACCUUAUGGGCACUUCCUGAACAAGAGGAACAGCAGAGGAGCCUGGAGCUCAGAGAAGUUCCAUGUCCAGCCCUAGUGACAUAGUUGGAAAGUGGCGUACAUGAGACCCACACUCCAGCAGUCCAGCCCCUCUUUCUUGUGCCAGGCUGGCUGCCUCUCUGCAGUGCGGGCCUUGUGGUUAAACACUGAGUAAUGCCACCAGAACAGAUGUGCUGAGCAAAUUAACAUGUGCCUCAUUUAAUGCUCUUAUUGUUUGGAUACAGAUAUCGGAGUCGCAGUAGCUUUCACCCUGAGGAGACCAGAAAGGGGAUGUUUGGGCUGAAGCUGAAGAAGAAGAAGAAUAAGGCAGAGAAGGGGUUAAUCCUAGCCAACAAGGCCGCGAAAGAUAGUCAAGGUGACACUGAAAUACCACAGGAGGAAUCUUCUCACCAGGAAGGACCAGGAGAUUUGGUCCAUAAUGAUGCUUCUAUCUUUCCUAUCCCCUCAGCUCCUCCAAAGAGAAGAUCAAAACUGUUGACUAAGAUCCAUGAUGGGGAGGUCAGAUCCCAAAAUUAUCAAAUUGCCAUAACCAUCACCGAGGCUCGCCAGCUGGUAGGUGAGAACAUUGACCCAGUUGUGACCAUUGAGAUCGGGGAUGAGAAGAAGCAAAGCACAGUGAAGGAAGGAACCAACAGCCCAUUUUAUAAUGAAUACUUUGUCUUCGACUUCAUUGGGCCCCAAGUGCAUCUUUUUGACAAGAUCAUCAAAAUCUCAGUCUUUCACCACAAGCUGAUAGGAAGUGUACUGAUUGGCUCUUUCAAAGUAGAUCUGGGGACCGUGUACAACCAACCUGGUCAUCAGUUCUGCGACAAGUGGGCCCUGCUCACAGACCCUGGCGACAUCAGGACGGGCACCAAGGGAUACCUGAAAUGUGACAUCAGCGUGAUGGGGAAAGGCGACGUCUUGAAGACCAACACUAAAACUUCUGACGCCGAGGAGCAAAUAGAAAAGAAUCUUUUGAUCCCCGAUGGGUUCCCAUCAGAGAGACCCUGGGCCAGAUUCUAUGUGAGACUCUACAAAGCAGAAGGUUUGCCCAAAAUGAACUCAAGCAUCAUGGCAAACGUCACCAAGGCAUUUGUGGGUGACAGUAAGGACCUGGUGGAUCCCUUCGUGGAGGUGUCCUUUGCUGGGCAGACGGGGAGAACCACAGUGCAAAAGAACUGUGCUGAUCCUGUGUGGCAUGAACAGGUGAUCUUCAAGGAAAUGUUCCCUCCCUUGUGUCGGAGGGUGAAAAUCCAGGUGUGGGAUGAAGGCAGCAUGAAUGACGUAGCACUGGCAACCCAUUUCAUUGACCUGAAGAAAAUCUCCAAUGAACAGGAUGGAGACAAAGGCUUUCUGCCCACCUUUGGGCCUGCCUGGAUUAACCUGUAUGGCUCGCCCAGGAACCACAGUCUGAUGGAUGACUACCAGGAACUGAAUGAAGGCUUUGGGGAAGGCGUGUCAUUCAGGGGCAGAAUCUUGGUAGAAAUUGCUGUGGAAAUCCUCUCAGGAGGGGCACAGGAAUCUAAAUUUUCCAAGGCCCUGAAGGAGUUCAAGUUGCCUUCCAAGGACAAAGACUCCAAAUCUUCCAAAGGUAAAGACAAGGCUGACAAAACUGAUGAUGGAAAAUCCCAACAGGCUUCAAACAAAACGAACUCAACCGAGGUGGAGGUGGAGCCCUUUGAUGUCCCCCCAGAGAUUGUACCAGAAAAAUGUGAGGAAUUUUUACUCUUUGGAGCAUUUUUUGAAGCUACCAUGAUUGACCGGAAGAUUGGAGAUAAACCCAUCAGCUUUGAAGUUUCUGUUGGUAAUUUUGGAAACCUGAUUGAUGGAGGGUCCCAUCGUGGGAGUAAGAAGUCAGCUGAAUCAGCUGAAGAAGACCUCCUUCCGCUGCUUCAGGAAGGACAAGGGGAUGCGACCCAUGAUGCUCCCAUUCCUAUGGCCUCCACCACUCACCCAGAGAAGCCACUGGUGACAGAAGGGAACAGGAAUUACAACUAUUUGCCAUUUGAGGAUAAGAAGCCCUGUGUCUACUUCAUCAGCUCUUGGGGAGACCAGACCUUCAGGCUGCACUGGUCCAACAUGCUAGAGAAAAUGGCAGACUUUCUGGAAGAAAGUAUAGAAGAAAUGAGAGAAUUGAUUAAGAUUUCAGAGGAGGCACCUGAAGAGAAAAUGAAAACAGUGCUCAGUGACUUCAUCAGUCAAAGCAGCGCCUUUAUCUCUGAAGCAGAAAAAAAGCCCAAGAUGUUGAACCAAACCACUUUAGAUAAGAAACGUCUUACGCUCUGCUGGCAGGAGCUGGAGGCAAUGUGCAAGGAGGCCAAGGGGAUCAUUCAGCAGCAGAAGAAAAAGUUAUCUCUUGAUGAAAUGAUUCACGAAGCUCAGAACUUUGUGGAAAAAAUCCGCUUUCUUGUUGAUGAGCCCCAGCACACCAUCCCUGAUGUUUUCAUCUGGAUGCUCAGCAACAACAAGAGAGUGGCCUAUGCCCGCAUCGCCGCCAAAGACCUCCUCUAUUCCCCUGUCACAGGGCAGAUGGGCAAACACUGCGGCAAGAUCAAAACUCACUUCCUCAAACCUCCUGGAAAACGACUGGCUGGUUGGUCUGUGCAAGCAAAAGUCGACGUGUACCUGUGGCUGGGCUCCAUCAAGCAUGCCAGUGCCAUUUUGGACAACUUACCAGCAGGCUAUGAAGCAGAAAUGUCCUCCAAAGGGGCUGGCACCAAUCACCCCCCUUCCAACCUAUGCUACCAAGACCGGCAUAUUUUUCAGCUGAGAGCUCACAUGUACCAAGCCCGGGGCCUCAUCGCGGCUGACAGCAGCGGACUUUCAGACCCUUUUGCCAAAGUCACGUUCCUUUCUCACUGCCAGACCACAAAGGUCAUCUCCCAGACCCUCUCUCCAACCUGGAACCAGAUGCUGCUGUUCAAUGACUUGGUGCUACAUGGAGAUGUGAAGGAGCUGGCAGAGUCCCCGCCCUUAGUGGUGGUGGAGCUAUAUGACAGUGACGCUGUGGGGAAGCCAGAAUAUUUGGGUGCCACAGUGGCUGCUCCUGUUGUGAAGCUGGCUGACCAGGACUAUGAGCCUCCCAGGUUAUGCUAUCACCCCAUCUUUUGUGGGAACCUCUCUGGCGGGGAUCUCCUUGCUGUAUUUGAACUGCUACAGGUCCCGCCAUCUGGGCUGCAGGGGCUCCCACCCAUUGAGCCACCAGACAUCACCCAGAUCUACCCGGUUCCUGCCAACAUUCGGCCGGUGCUGAGCAAAUACCGAGUGGAGGUUCUCUUCUGGGGAGUUCGUGAAAUGAAGAAGGUGCAGCUCCUCUCGGUGGAUCGGCCCCAGGUUCUCAUCGAGUGUGGAGGACGAGGCGUGAAGUCCUGUGUGAUCCAGAGCUACAAGAACAACCCGAACUUCAGCGUCCAGGCUGAUGCUUUCGAAGUGGAACUGCCUGAGAACGAGCUUCUGCACCCACCACUGAGCAUCUGUGUGGUAGACUGGAGAGCUUUUGGGAGAAGUACGCUUGUGGGAACCUACACCAUCAACUACUUGAAGCAGUUUUUAUGUGAAUCCAGAGAGCCCCUUGCCCUCAUCUCACAGGUGGACGGAACCCAAGUUGGGCAUGAGAUUUCAGAUUCACUAACAGCCACUGAGUCCACUGGAGCCACCAGCACCUCCCAGGAUCUCCCAACAGAUGACAUUUAUGUGGAUGUUGAGCCACCUCCCACAGUGGUGCCCGACUCUGCCCAGGUUCAGCCAGCCAUCGUGGUUGACAUCCCUGACUCAUCCCCGAUGCUGGAGCCUGAACACAAACCUGUAGCCGGGGAGCCACCAAAAGAUGGAAAACCUAAGGAUCCUAGGACACCUUCCCGAAGGUCCACAAAGAGAAAAAAGAGAACCAUAGCAGAUGAAUCUGCUGAAAACGUGAUUGACUGGUGGUCUAAGUAUUAUGCCUCCCUGAAGAAAGCACAGAAGGCAAAGGAGAGCAAUCCCAAGAAGAAAAAAGGCAAUAUGGAGGCAAAGCCAGAUGAGGUAGUGGUAGAUCUAGAAGAUGGCCCAAAGAAGAAGAAAGAUAAAAUGCCCAAGAAGAAACUCAAAGAUGAUGGAAUCCCCAACCUGGCCAUCUUGCAGAUAUAUGAUGGUGAUCUCGAGAGUGAAUUCAACAAUUUUGAAGACUGGGUGAAAACCUUUGAGCUCUUCAGAGGCAAGUCUACAGAAGAUGACCAUGGUCUUGAUGGAGACCGAGUUAUAGGAAAAUUUAAGGGCUCCUUCUGCAUCUACAAAAGCCCUGAGGAUUCUAGCUCCGAGGACAGUGGGCAGCUGAGAAUCCAGCAAGGAAUUCCACUUAAUCACCCAGUCACAGUGCAGAUCAGAGUGUACAUUGUUGCGGCAUUUAAUCUUAGCCCAGCUGAUCCAGAUGGCAAAUCAGAUCCCUACAUUGUGAUCAAGCUUGGCAAAACAGAAAUCAAAGACCGGGAUAAAUACAUCCCCAAACAACUGAACCCAGUAUUUGGAAGGUCAUUUGAAAUCCAAGCCACGUUCCCGAAAGAAUCCCUGCUCUCCAUCCUGAUCUACGAUCACGACAUGAUUGGGACAGAUGACCUUAUUGGUGAGACCAAGAUCGACCUGGAGAACCGCUUCUACAGCAAACACAGAGCCAUCUGUGGCUUGCAGAGCCAGUAUGAGAUAGAAGGAUACAAUGCCUGGAGAGACACAUCCAAACCCACUGAGAUCCUCACCAAGCUCUGCAAAGACAACAAGCUGGAUGGACCCUACUUUCGCCCUGGAAAAAUACAGAUAGGAAAACAAGUCUUUUCGGGAAAAACUGUCUUCACUGAAGAGGACACUGAUGAGACAGUGGAGUCUUAUGAACACCUGGCCCUGAAGGUUUUACACUCUUGGGAGGAUAUCCCGGAAGUCGGGUGCAGGCUGGUUCCCGAGCACAUAGAAACUCGGCCGCUGUACCACAAAGAUAAGCCAGGAAUGGAGCAGGGCCGCCUGCAGAUGUGGGUAGACAUGUUUCCCAAGGAUAUGCCUCAACCUGGACCUCCUGUUGACAUCUCUCCAAGGCGACCCAAAGGAUAUGAAUUGAGAGUGACCAUCUGGAACACUGAAGAUGUCAUUUUAGAGGAUGAGAAUAUCUUCACAGGCCAAAAAUCAAGUGAUAUUUAUGUGAAAGGAUGGUUAAAGGGUUUGGAGGAUGACAAGCAGGAGACAGACGUGCAUUACAACUCCCUGACUGGAGAGGGUAACUUCAACUGGCGCUUCCUGUUUCCGUUCCAGUAUCUCCCAGCUGAGAAGCAAAUGGUCAUUACCAAGAGAGAGAAUAUUUUCUCUUUAGAGAAGAUGGAGUGUAAGACUCCUGCUGUGUUGGUGCUGCAGGUUUGGGAUUUUGAAAGGCUGUCCUCAGAUGACUUCUUGGGCACCCUGGAAAUGAACCUCAACAGUUUCCCUCGAGCAGCUAAGUCUGCCAAAGCCUGCGAUCUCGCCAAGUUUGAAAAUGCAAGUGAGGAGAACAAGAUCUCUAUAUUCCAGCAAAAACGUGUGCGUGGCUGGUGGCCUUUUUCUAAAAGCAAAGAACUCACAGGCAAGGUUGAAGCUGAGUUCCACCUAGUCACAGCAGAAGAAGCUGAGAAGAAUCCUGUUGGAAAAGCUCGAAAGGAGCCAGAGCCCCUGGCCAAGCCCAACCGCCCAGACACCUCCUUUUCCUGGUUCAUGAGCCCCUUUAAGUGCCUGUACCACCUCAUCUGGAAGAAUUACAAGAAGUACAUCAUCAUUGGUUUCAUUCUGAUCAUCCUCAUCAUCUUCCUGGUCCUUUUCAUCUACACCUUGCCAGGAGCCAUCAGCCGAAGGAUCGUUGUGGGCUCAUAGAGGGUCACGGAGGACCCAGACUCUCCCAUUAUACUAAUCCUCUCUUCCUCAUCCAGGAGCAUCUAAGAACAUGUCCCAUACAUGGUGCCAUGUUGAGUGCUAAGGGGACAGACAGAUCAAUGCUUCUUAGAAGAGAUGGAAAGGAAAUUCCAUUCCCUCCCUGCUGCAACCCCUGCCACCAAGUUUCAAACUUAUAAGAUGUAAGGCAUGCUGCAUGAAAUAAGGCACUUUCACCUCAUAGUAAUCAACAGUGACCUCAAAUUGACUUAGAUAAAUGUUUUCUUUAUGUAAUUGGUUAUAUUCUGAGAAGCUGAGUUCUGGGUCUGAGAUUUUAUUAGAAGUACUUUAUUUUAAAUAAAAUUUUAGGCUGGGUGUGGUGGCUCACGCCUGUAAUACCAGGGGAGGCUGAGG